UGGAGUAGUCACGUGAUCGAAGAUUGUGAUCGCUGAGUUCCUGGAAUGAGCAAAACAAAAGACAGCUGACCAGCGGAUGGAGCUGCUACCCCAUGGCACUUGUUUUUGUCGUGUUGUAAUCUUGUUCUUUUGAUCAUUUUGGUGGCAAUACAGGAACGUUAGGGCCGCUGACAGAGCAAUUACCGUGGAUACUAAAAGCGUAACUAGCUACAGGUUAUAAUUUAGCAUACAUUAGCUUGACGGCCUUAGAUAUGUUGCCUGGGAAAGUUUUAUAAUUAGAGACUGGUUUCGUUUUCUAAAAAAUGUACGUGCUGGAUAAUAGGUGUACUUUCAGAGACGUGGUUGUCACCCUACUAAUCUCCGCCAGCGACUUGUUCUCGUCUGGCCAUAUGAAAGUGUUUUGUUUACAACCAAUGACAAGUGUUUAUCUUGUCAACACAGCCAGCUACUAGCUGCUUAUCCCGAGUAUGGACGUCGCUGGCUGUUCGAUCUAAUGUCUACAGGCUAUUGCUUGUGAGUGUCUUGUUUUCGUAUGAAGACUGUGCGUUGUCAGUCGUUCAACAGCGUUUCCACCAGGCCACAUCUCAGUCAGCUGUUUGUCAAUGUGAUCAGAGUUGUGAAAUAAGCUUGAGUGGGCAGGCAGAAAAAAAUGGAGGCUGUGAGACCAAAGAAGACAAAGGCCAAAUCCAGCGGAAAAUCCCAGACCAGGAAGCAGAAGCAGCAGGAGGAGGAAGAAACAGGAGCUGCAGCUCCCUCAGCUGUCUGUGAUGAGGCCUCCACCUCUGGCUUUACUGACAUCCCUCUCAGUCUGCCACAUCAGGAGCCAGAAGAGGUGCAGCAACAGGCCCCUGUUGAGCCUCAUGACACCACACCGCAGCCAUCACAUUUAACCCAUGAGAAACAACAGGCCUCCUCGUCACAGACUUUAUCCACAUCAGCGUUGAGACUUAAGACUUCUGAGUCAAGUGUGACAUCACAGAAUACUAUACAUCAGACAGAGGAGGAGGAUGACGGAGUUUCAGUUCAGGGUGCUGAGCAUAAAGUUACAGCACAGACCACUGAGUUGAAAAAAGACACAGAGCUAUGGGGUCAGCCUUGUGUUUCAGCUCAGUUUCAGAUUCUUAAUGUCCCGAGUGCCCCUGCACUGUACCCCUCUCUCCCUACACUGGAGGAGGGCAGUGUGAUGCAGCUCUGUGAGGAAGCUGUGAAAAACAGGGAAAAAGGACCUGCUGUAUUGGCACUACCUGAACAGGAAUCAUCGCCCCCAAGUUUGCAGCCUUUGGAGUCUGUUGCUGAACUCUCAAGAAGCAAACUCUAUCCAGAGUUACCCAAAACCGCUCCAGAAAUGCAGCCAUUCUCACUGGAGCAGCUGAGUGUCUGGGAGCCAGCUGGAGGUUUGCAAGCUUGCUUAGAGGGUGUUGAAGUGUGUGCAGCUCAGUUCUGCGCUUUAGCUCGACAGGAGAACCACGAACUAACAGAACUGCUGCAGAACUACUGGCGUUGUCGCAGGCAGCUGACUCAGUCUCACGCACAGCUACAUACACAGUCGUCUGACUGCAAGAGCACACAGAAUCGUUUGUGGAGUUUCAGAGAUGAACAGCUUACGCUUCAGGGUGUGUGUGCAGAUCAGUCCAAAGUGUGUGGGUACCAUCGAUUCCAGCAGGCAGACUUCAGUCAGAGUGUGCUGGCUGAGCUGGGUCGACUUUUUGAAGCUCGCAGUGAACUGCUACAUCAGAAGGUGGCACUACAUGCAUAUACUGCUCUGCUGUCACGCCUGCAGGUGGAGUCAUAUUUGUAUCGACUACUGAAAGAUUAUUCCAGUAGAAAAACCCAGCCCUGUUCUUUUAAACCCUUGAAAGAGGCCAUCAGUGUCCUGUUUAGCUUCACACGCAGAGUCCUGGAUGACACACAGUUCCAGACAGACAUCCAUCACUGGCUGGAGAGAUUGGUUUCAGUCCUGCUGCAUGUUGGAGGGUCUGGAGAGCACCUGUACCUGCUGUGCCAUCUGUUGUGCUGUCCUGCUGGGGUUGGCAAGUGGGCUGCAGCCUUCCUUCAGAUCCAAGUUUGGGGGAACACAAACGGAGUGCAGAACUUUAUGAAAGCUCUGGCUGUCCUAAUGUCACCAGCCAGACACCGGGCAGAAUUUCUGGGACAUCUGAAGCCCUGCGAGAGCCAAAGUUCAGCAGCUUCUGGACCUGAAUCUGGAAACUGGACAUUAGUGGAUGAAGGAGGAGAGGAGGACGAGGACCCAGACAGCAGCUGGCUGUUGCUCUGUGAGGAGGAUCUGAUCUCCCUGCUCAACCAGUUCCCAUUCCAGCAGCUGUAUUCACACAUGCUUGGGAUGAGCAAACUGGGUGUGUAUGAACCCCAGGCCUGCUCCAGUCAGAAGAUGAUGCGUGUUUUUGCUUUUGCAUCUUCACUCAUUGAAAUUCUCGCUCUGGGACUACAAACCUACAACCGGGCUCGAUACAGACAGCUGGUUAAACGAAUAGGACACAUAAUACGGAUGACAGUGUGUUAUGUCAGCGAUCACUGGGCCCAGUAUGUGAGUUUAAGUGAUCCUGUUGGAUCCAGCUCACACUCCCUGUCUUUGGACAAACUGCAGCUGGAAUAUGACCAUCUCUUCCUCCGAGCUGUUUUACAUGUUCUCAGAAACAAAAGGUUGGGCAUUUGGUUGUUUAUGUCUGAGAUGCCUUAUGGGACUCUGUCCAGCUCUAUGCUGUGGAAGGUCCUCUAUGUUAUGCAGUGUGCAGAGACAGCAGGACUGGAAAAACUGCACACUGCUUGUGGCACACAAUCCUGCAUUCAGGCUCUCAGAGACCCAGAGCAGCAGGAGAGGUUUGAGCACUGGCUGUGUGAAGUUAACAGCUCUGAUGGCAUCUCACUCCUCACUGCGCUGGCACAUAUGGCCACACCAACUCAACACUCUGACCCUGCAUUCAUCACAACCAUAACUCUGCUGGUUUACCAGGUGUCUUAUGUGAGUACGUCCACCAGAGAAACUUACUCUAAAGUGGGGAGGGAGUUGCUGGCUGCCAUAGCAACAGUUCAUCCAUACAUUGUCUCCAUGCUGCUGGAGAGACUGAGAGAGACCAUACAAAGUGUAGGAAUGGUGGCUCUGUACUUGUGCAAAGAGCUGCCUCUGAGUCUGUGGCAGCCACGUCCAGAGGAGAUAUGUGUGAUUGGAGCCUGGCUGCUCCAGCAUCCUCUCUCUGCUGUGGAGAACCGUCUAGCGUGUGUCAUCCUGGAGGGUCUGGAUUGGGGCUACACAGAGGAUGGCUCCUUGGCCCUGCCUUCAUCUCUUCACAGUGAAGUGGCUCUGCUGGUGGCUGAAGCCUAUCAGAAGUACCUCACUGACAAACCGUACAGUGGCCUCAUAUCAGAGGGAAUCAAACAGGUGUCAUACCUCGCCAGUGUUCUUCGUCUGGGCGUGUCCCCUGAAGCUUCCUUUAGUCAAUGGGCAUGGCAGCUGCUGCUAAGGCUGAAGCUUCAUGGCAAUGCUCAGAACCCCAAAGGAGCCUGGUCCGUCCCUGCUUUGGCAUCCAACCCACCUCCAGAGCUCACACACAGUCCCAGCAUGCACUCUGUUAUCAGGGCAGUGAAAGCAGGUAUCCCUAUUGGAUGCUACCUGUCCAUCGCAAUGACAACAGUCGGACAUAGUUUGGAACACUUCUGCACAGAUGGGGUUGGGUUGCUGAAGAAUCUGAUUCAGUCUCGACACCUGAAGGCUGCUGUGCAUCUUCUGGACAAUAUCCUGCCCCCAACCUACCCUCUCAGCUUCUACCUGCUCAACAACGCUCAGUUUGUCGGUUGUAUUCAGCUGUUCUUGCAGUAUGACAGCGUCUGUCCUCAAGGUGUGACACAGCAGGUCACGCACCGGGUGGCACCACUCCUCACGGGAACCACGUAUGGAGACAAUGUCCGACUGCUGAACAGUGUCAUUCAGAGUCAUGUGGUGGAGAGCUCACGACCCAGUCGUGUGGGAGCAGCAGCAGUGCUGGAGUUCUGGGUGGGGAUCUUGACUCAGCAGAACCUGUGGUACAGGGACAAAACAGUCCUGUUCCUCAUGGACCAGAUCUGCUGUGCUGCAUUCACACACCAUCAGGAGGAAUGUGUGCAGAAACUUCUCUACCAGCAGCAUAAGAAUGCCUUGGGUUACCACGGAGAUCGGGGUCUGCUCUCCUCUCUGGUUGGCUGGAUUUCUGGAAAUGCAACGCCCUCCUUUAUAGAAGGCCAAUCCUUGAGUGUGGAGGUUUGGUACGCCUGGCUCGUGCUGAACAUGGAGGGCAUGUUUGAAGAAGAUUCUCAGCUGAGACGCUGUGUUGAACAAGAGCUGCUGGCAGACUCAAACACUACCCCAGAUCAAGCCUUAAAGAAAGCACAGCAGAGGCUGAAGUUGCCGGUAGCACCAUCUCUGCAGCGGUUGCAGGUUUAUCGCUGGGCGAGUCAGGCCUUGGCCACGCCUCCUGAUCAUCCCCUCCUCCCACUGGUGUGGCAGAAGUUCCUCCAGCACUACCUAAGACAGCCAGGUCCUGAGUAUGGUCUAGCUGCAGGAGGAUGCAUAGGCCGAAGGUUCUUCCAGGUCUCCCAUCAGGCCGCUUUACUCAGAGACUUGAGACACAGGAUUCAGGAGGUGUCUGAUUUCCACCAUACUGCCAGUCAGGCUCUCAGGGUGCCACCAACACACACGCCUUCAUCAGACAACCAGGGUGACGAAAGCCCGGACAAUCCUCGCCCCCCUUACCUCACCUCUCCUCAGCUACAUACAGAGCUGGUCAGGUCAUUUGGUGUGUUCGCUGUGUGGUUGGAUGACGAGACUCUGCAGAAGCAGGAAGUAUACCUCCCCUCUCUUCCUCCUGAGUAUGAACCACACAGAUUGGCUCAAGUCAUGCAGCGGCAGCAGGAGCUGUGGAUAGAAUAUGUUGACCAGGAGCGUCUGCAGUAUGAUGAGAGGGAGGUUUUGUCUCUGUGGGAAAAGGUGCAGAGUGAGCCAAUCUUCUUGCAGGCCCAGAAUCCUGGCUUCAUUGACAACACAAGUCUCAGCAAUGCAAGAGAGCGUAUCCUAUCCAACCUGCAGAAGCAUCCAGUCCCACACCCAGCUCCAGAGCAGCAACAGCAGAAGGCUCCGGUAGCUGAAGUCCCAGUAACCUGUCUCACAGACUCAAAGGCUGCUGCUAAACUGAUGGAGCAGGACCUCAGCACCCUGCAGGACCAGGCCAGAAUUGCAGUGGCACGAGAAGCCCAGCAGGUGGCGUUGGAACAGGAGCUGCUGGAAAGCCUUCCUCUGUUGUACAAGAACCAACCAGAACAAGUCACCAUGGCCUUGGAUUGUAAAGGGAAGGGAGGACAGCCAUGUCAGGGACCCGCAAACAUCACAGUGACAUGUGAGCGUGUCCAGAGACAGGAGGCAGUGCAGACACAGGUAACAUCUCUGCGCAGGGACAUCAAGAAGCUUCAAACUGACUCCAUGGCUCCUCCUCCACAAGGCCUGGCCCAGGCAGCUGUCCACACAGAGAACUUUAUCACGGCUUUGGUAAAUGUGUACAAGACACAGAAGACUCCGGCAGUGCAGCAGGUUGGCGUAUCUGCCUUCUACCGGGUGGUUUCCUUUGUGUGUGAAGACACACUGCGACACCCCCCGACACGCCAGUACCUCUCCUCGUGUGUGGAGAUACUGGGACAGGUGUUUAUCCAGAACAAUCCAGAAGAAUGUGGGCGUGUCCUGAAGACCAUCCUGGAGCAGAGGCGUCUGUGCCCCCUCAUUUCUCCCUUCUUCACUCCCAAUGCUGCGCCCAAUCAGCUUGUCUCUCUCUACCAAGACGUGGUGACAUCCUUGCACCUGGACAGUGCUGAUGUCAUAUUCAUGCUGCUCACAAAGUUUGAUUUGUCUCAGUGGCUGAAUGAAGCCAAUCCUGUGUUUUCGGAGAGAACUCGUCUGCUGGAGUUGGUCCACGGAGCCUUGUGCGUCUGCGGCCGAGACCCUGAGCCUGAACUUCUCACACCUUUUCACCUCUUCACUAAACACUGGACCUUGCUGUUACGCCACCAUUUCCCUGAUCACUACAGUGACUGCCUGCGUCUGCUUAUGACCAGCUCCUCAAACCAGUUACUGAGUCCAGAGUGCUGGAAAGUAACCCUGAGAGUGCUGGGCUCUUUACCUCCAUCCCGCACCAAAAGCAAAUCUGAAUCCCACAGCACCACUGAUGUCCCAGGUCGAGGAGCUGUAUCCUCACCUUCUCCACACAGAAUCAGCCUUUCUCCUCAGCAGGUGGAUGAGACAGUGGAUUGGCUGAGUGAUUACUUCAUGAGGAGUCGUCUCAGUAAGCCAGACCUGCGCAGCUUCGGCCUCUACUCAGCCUGGACGCCUUACAUCACAGAGGUUGUUUCUUUCUGGGAACAUUUGAUCAGUUGUUCGAUCAAUGCGCAGCUCAGCAGCUGUGCCAGAGAGCCAGUGGGCAGCAGCAGAAUCAUGAAAGCCCUGCAGGACCUACACAGUAAGAUUGUAAAGCUGUUCAAGCCUUGGAUCUUCCCUCUGGACACUGAUGACAGCGGUAACCUCAAGUGUUACCCCUGGCUGGAGACUGAUGCAAGUGCAGCAGGAAGUCUGGUCAGCCUAUACGCACAACUCACCGACACACUGCAUCACAAGUUCAGAGAUCGUCUGCUUCCUGGCCAGAGAGGAGCACUAUGGCUGUGUAUGAUGCAGUACUGUGAGCGCUGCACCGCUCCCUGCACACCUGAGUACCUUCUCUACCUGUACCACACACACCUCCGCAGCUUGAUUUGGAGUCACCUGCAUCCUGACACUCAGCUCAUGCAGCAGCUCUUUAAUGUGGAGAGAGGAAGUCCCAAGAGCUGUUUCCUCUUUCUAGGAGAGGUGUUAUGUGAAGUGAACUGGGUGAGCGUCCUUAGUGACCACUUACAAACACCUCCCACCUCUACAUCAUAUCCAGCUCUACCUGACACGGGCGCUAAGAAGGAGUCACACACCAUGUUAGUCUAUCUUCUGUACAUGCUAGUGUUUCUGUCAAAGGAGGAACAACUCCUGAGUCAACAGGACUCGCCUCUGCUCAGUCUAUUGGUCCAGUCCACAUCUCUGCCCUGGCAUCAGCUGGACCUUUCCUCAUACCAGGGAAUUCUGGGUUACGUAAGCACCCACUACCCUGCCUCAUUGCUGCUCAGUAAUGAAUCUGCGCUUCAGCUGCUGCUGAAGUCACUGCGCAGUGCUGCUGGGCUCAACCCCCGCCCAAGUGAAGUUCCACACGGGGAGGAGACGCUGAAGGCUGGAGUGUACGUGUGUUGGUGUGUGCAAUCUUUGGUGACUCUGGAGCAGGGAGGCAGCAUCAGUCUGAGCAACCUUGAGGCUCAGCUGGAGAUGCUUCUCGAGAACAUCGUAACAUUCAACCCACCUGAGACCGGUUUGGAGCAGAGGCACAUGGCGUUCUGCAGUCUGUUCAGCGAUGCGCUUGCUCUGCUGAAUGGAGUGGGUGUCUCAACAGGAGAGGCACUCGCUGCUCAUGUCAUCACCUGGCUAGACAGGAAGGGGAGGGGCUUUCCCAUUUUGCCCCUCCUCACUGCUUGCUCCCGCUGUCUCGCCUCAGUGCGACACAUGACGCGCAUCAUGGAAGCAUGCAUCACAGCAUACUUCAACCAUGCUGAAGAGAAGUCUGUGGGUUGGGGUCCUGUGUUGGCUUCACUGCAGGUGCCUGAGCUAACAGUGGAUGACUUCCUUUCUGAGAGCCAAUCAGGAGGCAGUUUCCUGACACUCUAUGCCUUCGUCCUGCAGCGCCUCAAUACUGAAUACACAGCAGCUAAUGAGAAGAGGACGCUUGCUCUAAUCAACACAUGGACCUAUCAGGUCUUCCCCAGUGGUCCAGGCGAUGAAGCCAAGCUGUUUCUUUGGUGGCACAAGGCGCUCAAUCUGUCAGCAGAGCAGCUGCAGCCUCAGGCAGGCCAGACUGAAGUGUUGGGAGUCGUUCUGGGUCUGUUGAGGUUACAAACAAGGCUGCUUCAGCUGGGAGAAGAGAGGCUGAACUCUGGGCUGUUAGGAGCUAUAGGCUUGGGGAAGAGGUCUCCUGUUUCCAAUAGGUUCAGAGUGGUGGUACGCAGUCUGGCAGCAUUCUUGUCAGUGCAAGUUCAAUCAGAAACCGAGCUGCGACUCCAACCCACCACUGAUUUAGAGCUCUCCACUAAAGCCCAGCAAACGCUGGGGAUGUUGGAGGCCAUGCCCAGCAAUAAGCAGUAUGCUGAGUUAGAGGACUCUGUGAACAAAGCGAUGCAGUUCAUCCGCUACCCGGGACACUGUCUCAGAGAUGCACCCAGACUGCUGUCCCUGCUGGCCAACCUGCUGUACCCUGACCUCAGAUACCUGCACAUCAUCCGCUAACAAAGACUUCACUUGACACUCAUGCUGAAAAUGUGGGACAAAGUUUUAUUUCUGUGGCAAAAACUGUGACAGUGAACUUCAGUUCUGCACAGAGAAAAAAUCUAUCUGGAGAACAAAGUUUCAAAGUUAUUGGCCCUGAAACUGAAUUGCUUUUUUAUUAACAUAUUUCUAAGUCAGAAACUGACUGGUCAUCACAGCUCGCCGUGCAUUUGUGAAAAUGCCCUUUGGUAAUGUCCAGUGCAGAGUCAUGAAGUCAAUCAGAAGCAUAAGAAAUGUCAUGUGCUUUCCUUUUACCUUUUCUUGCACUUUGUUUUCUUCUCUCCUCUUAUUGCCUUUUUGCUUUCAUAUAGCUUGCCUGUUGUCUUUCAACACCACUGUUCUGUUCUUGACUAGAGAGGAAGUUGCACAUAUUUAUUGAAGCAGGUUUCAUGACCAGAAUUAGCCUUUAGGUGACAGUUUCACAAGCACAUGUGGAAUCUGACAGAAUAAAAGAUGAAGGGUCCAUAGAUUAUGUGGAGGACUUUGAAGGACAGAUCUAAUAGAGCUAUACGUUUAGUAGUACCAUCUUAAAACGGGGUGGGGGACAUACCAGGGAAGCUUGAAGGCGGCGUUUAGUGCCUCAUACAAAUCAUAUCUCGAUUUUAGCAUUUAGCUACAAGCUACGAUCUGUAUGCAUACAUAUGAACACAGUGUCUGCCUGUAUGAAAUAACAGAAGAUGUGCCAGUAUUAUGUUUCUGUCCAGCCAAAGGUGCUUUCAUUUGUUCUGCCAAAGAGAUGUUAUUUUGGUGUCCUGGGGUACUUCAAUCUUCUUGACCAUGUAUUCUGGUUACUUCAUCUGUCUCUGUUAGGUACAUAAAUCUGCAGCCACUAGAAGAAACACUCAAUAGAAGUACUUCUUACACUGUGCUUUGCCACUUGGCUUCCUUAUAAAGUAGUGUGUGCUGUAACACAAGCUGCUGAAGCUGUUAGCAUUACUAAAACAGCAGGUAUGUAUAGUAAUGUCUCGGGAGUUAAACGAUAACUGGAUUUAUACACACAAUCUGUGAUACAUGUCGGUGAGUUAAGGAUAAAAGCACAUUGUGAUUCAGAUUUACAGACUGUACUGUACAACCUUAUUUUAAUUACCCUUGGCAGUUCACUUCUGUUGCUCUGUGCCAUCUCAAUAAUAAUCACGCUGCACUUCUGCAGCCUGAAGCUCA